GGUCACACUGCUGCAAUUGCAAUCAACGAGCAACGAGCGAAUUGCAACGAGCAGGCGAAAAAUCACAAAAAGCGGAAAAUCACAACAAUCGUGGGUGCAAACGGAACGGAAACGGCAAGGCAACGGAAAGUGUCCGGAAAUCGGAUGGCCCGGCAGUGAAAGCCCGUAAAGCAGAGGCGCACUUGGCGCGUUUCGAGGGGAAAGGCGCGUUAGCAUUGCGUUCUUUUCCAAACCGAUUCGAUUCCAAAACCAAACCAAUCCAAUCCCCACACACACAGCUACACAUACACACACACACGCAUACAGUGAAACGAGUGAAAGUGCAUCUACAUCUGUGAUUUCGUAUAUAAUAAUGCGUCGCGCAUACGCGGAUUUGGCCAGCAGAAGCACCAAAGACUAACAAGUGAUCCAAUCCGGUCCGAUCCGGGGAUUGAGUUGGUUGGUCGGCUAACCCCUACCCCGACGAUCACGAUGGCCGAUCAGGUGGCGCACACCAAAGAAACGGAUGCUGAGGAGCCGCUGGUGAAUGGCGAACUGCCAUGUGAGGCGUCGCCUACCUGCUGCCAUGUGAUGUCCUCCCUGGACGGGGAUGCGGACAUGGAGGCCAGUUCCUCCUCCUCCUGCUUUGCUGAUGCCGCCGCCACUUCCCAGCUGAAUCCGUCGCCACCGCCUGCUGUCCAGCAGCACGCGAAGCCGGCACGGAGCAGCUCGCCGCCCUGCCACCUCCUCGAGCGGGUUAACUUUCCCGAGGGCAACAUCAUAAACACGCUGCACACGAUCCUCGCCCUGCCGCCCUUCGACCCCUACGCCCCUGCCCCAAAGGCGGAGACGGUCUACAAGGAGGUCGUCUCCCUGAUGCAGUGGAGCCAGCGGGAGGACAACGCCAUCGAGCUAGAGCUCAGCGACAAGCUGCUCCAUGAGUGCGAGCACAAGGGCGGCGAUCCCAACGACGAGACGCGAUCGUAUUUGAUGGCUAUUGAGAACAUGCGUCUGUUUUCGGAGGAUCCAAAGAAUCCGCUGCGUGAUGCCGACGGGCAGCUGCGUGCAAUUACGCUAUAUUUCCAGAAUCUUGCCUUCAUAUUUGUGAAACACCGGAAGGAGGAGUUCUUCACAUUUUGUUCCUGCAAGGAAUGUCUCGAAUACCGCGAAACCAUCAUGGCUAUUAUGAUGGAUCAAUUUAAGGCUGCGCACAUGGUGGUCAUGUUGCUGGACGUUUUGAUCAAAGCCUACAGUCCCAUGUUGAAAAACGAUGCUGCCUACAAUAAGUUUGAGAAGCUGCUUGAAUGCAACAAGGAGAUCUAUUGGAUUACAAGCGGCUACCUCUACGAUAAGAAUGCCGAAUAUCUUGAUUUUAUUGAUGAUACAGCGAUCUCCGAUAAUAUGAUAUUAGUGCUAUUCAGCGCCAUCUUGAUGGCCAACAAUCCGAUGCUGCUGCUACAAAUACUCGCCUAUAAUGUGGAAUGCAUUGUGAAGGCAUUCUCCGAGGGCAUGAUUGAAAUAGCCCAGAACAUCCAGGAGAACGAGAAAAUUUCCGCAGAAAGGAUGCUGACAUACAUUCUUGAUGGGUACUCCGAUCUGAACUGCAUAUCGCAGAAGAUCUCCCUCAGCCUGUUUGCGUUUGAGAACGACUUUCUGCGCAAGUUCAAGCUUUCGUGGGUGCUUCUGUGCCAGCGUCUGUUCCAGCAACAUGUGUUCACGCCCCUGGGGGAUACCAUGCUGGCCUGUAUCCUGUCGCUGAAGGAAGCGGCUCCGUCGGCCCAGACGACGGCGCUGAUCAAGCGGUACAUGCUGUUCGACGAGCACAUGCACUCCAUCGAGCGCCGCUGGACAGACAUCUGGAUCGAGCUAAACAAGUUUAACUUGUCGCCCACGGAGCACGAGCGUCGGAUGGGCCUGCUGGAUGUGUACAACAUAUUCGACAAGGUCGUCCUGGACGCCACCUCGUUCUCGCUGCCGGAUAUCAGCGACGAUGAGUUCAUAGACUUCCAGCGCAUCGUGGAUCGCCAGCUGGCCUGGAAGAACAUCAUGGCCUUCACGAAGCUGAAGUGGCCCGACGGCUUCUACGACCCGCCCAAUAAGCUGGUGCACGAGGAUCUCUGCAAGAAGUGCAAUUCGUUGCUCGAGCACCAUAACGAGGACUGCAAAUGCAUCACUUGCUCCAUCGCCGGAACUCCGUUGCGACCGCGGCAAGCGGGCCAUUGUGCCAAGUGCACAACGCUCGGCAUUGUCGAGAAGGAUCCGAAGCUGAUGAAGUCCAAGAUCCUCAGCACCUGCACCAGCGACGAGGCUAAGCACAAUGCGGCUACUGCGGCGAUGGCGGCCACCACGGGCUCCUCCGCCGCCCACCAGCAGCGUCGCACCAGCGAUCUCCCAGAGGACGAGUCACCAUCCGGAAGCGGCAGCAGCAGCAGCGGAUCGGUGUUCCGGCGGCAGGCGGAGACGACCGACACCCUGCGCACCACAUAUCACAUCGCAUGGGCCGUGUUCCAGCACCUGACCACCAGGAAGCGCUACCGCCACGACUCGAUCGAGGCUCAGUUCUUCUGCGGCGAGAACUGUCGGGUCUCCGCCUGCCAGCUGGCCAGAAAGAUCUUGGCCAACCAGCUAUCGCCGCCGCUGACCAAGUAUCUGCUGCGCUGCUUCCAGCCGCUGUCCUUCACGCGGGAGGAGCUGCGCUCCACGCUGCCCUCGCUGAUGUUCUUCAACCGGAAACUGGCUCCGAGUCCUGCCGAGCUGCAGGAGCUGAGGAACCAGCACUACGUGUACAAAACCUACUGGACCUUCGUCCUCUCCAUCUACGCCAACUUCUUUGUCAAGUUCAACUCCAGCAGCACGGAUUUUGGCCACCUGGAGCUGCUUAAAGGAGAUCUGCGCCUGCGGCUAAACAGUGUGGUUGGCGACAAGGAUGACGGUCGGUUCGAGCAGUUUCUGGCCCAGGUUAUAGGAUAUUCACCUUUUAAAAUCACUGAUGAUUUUACGCUGGGUGAUGCCAACAUAGAAAAGAUGCAGUUUGGAGUGGAUCAGCUUAUGAUGUUGCACGAUUCUCAAAUAAUUAAACGUACUAAGCCAGAUAGCACUACGGGCUUAUCGGGUGCCAAAUCCAAGGGAGGAGAGUCUAACUUGUCGCACUCCGGAGGACGAAAUGGCGAUGCGGGAGGCAACAAGAAGAGCAAGGAAAAGAUGCGCAAGUGCUGUGCUGACUAUGCUGACAUUGGAGAGCCGUGCAAGGAGAAUCACUCAAAGAAACGCGUCAAAAAGGAGUGCAAUCAUGCGCGCUUCAAUGAGACGCGGGAUCGACUGCGCAAGAAGCUCUCCCAGAUCGUCAACGAUCGGAAAACCAAGUCAACGGAGGAGGCCACACCAUCCAAGGCCAAAUCCACACUGCCGGAGCCAGUUGUUGUUCCUGCACCAGCAGCCAUCCCACCGAAGCGGCCGCCCAAGGUCGAAUCCCUUCCGCCGAACCAGCCACCCAGCCUGAAAGUGUUCGCCACGGCUCAACUGCAAUCCUCCAGCAAUCCGCGAAAGAUGCCUCCGGCAGCAGCGGCUGCAGCAGCGGCAGCGGCAGCUGCAGCUCUAAACGAGAUCGGCGAGCAGGUGGAGCAGGAGGGCGACAAUAGUCUGCUGCGCCUGGACAGCCUCUGCAAGAGACUCCAGAUCCACACUGAUGCCACGGACGCCUCGGCGGCGGCAACGGCUGCAGAAGCAGCCGCUGCUGUUGCUGCUUUCAAACGCGGAGGUGGUUUUCCCGCGGACUACAGCAAGGAGGAUAUGAUGCAGGACUUUGCCGAAUUCCUGGGCACCUACAGCCAACAGGACAGCCAACAGGAUCAACAGCGCUGGAUAAACGAGACCCUCAACUUUAUCGAGGGCAAGUCCCAGCAGCCGCAGACCUCCAACCCAAAAAAGGCGGCCAAGAAGGCCAAGCAGAAGAUGCGCAAGGAGGAGGAGAAGCGAAUCAAGGAACUGGAAGACCUGCGCGGCCAGUUCCUGGACAUCUACUUUAAGGAGUUUAUCGACAAGUACGAGAUGAAGGCUCUGACGGCUGCGGGCGGCCGGAAAAGGGAGAAGAAGCGCAUCGGUGAGCUGGAGGCGAACAUCAAGAAUCUACAGCGGGCCAAGGCGAAGGUGGAGACGGUGAUCCUCGAACUUAUUGCCACCGUCAAGCAGACGAACAACGAGUUCAAGUUCUCCUACCUGCCCACCAAGCAGCAGCAGCUGGCCAAGAUGGCCCAGCUGGAAGAGAUCCUCAACGGGGGCUCGCCCGUAGCCACGGCCGAACCUGCUGGCCCGGCACCUCCGCAACCUGUGCUCCAGUAUCCCGAGUUCAGUAGCAGCACCUCCAUUUAUUCAGCUUCAGGACUCGGACAGCAGAACACGCCUGUAUGUUUUGCUCCUCCCCAGCAGUCGCAACAUCCGCCUCAACUCUCACGAGAUGUGAUUGCCGCCAUGGCGGCCAACUCCAUCACUGCCGAUCCCUCCAAGCGCAUUGUGACCAUACGCCGCGUGCAGCUGCCUCAUCCGGGCGCCGAGCAGCAGGUGACUGUGGUGGCCAAGGGUAGUGCUCCGCACGAGGACAAGCUGCUCUACACCUUUGUCAACGGGCAUAUGGUGGCCUCGGGUCCGGCUCAGCCGGAAGAAUCGACACCUCCGCCUGUUGCAGCUCCGGCUCCAGCGCCUAGUGUGCCGGAAAAGAGCGCCAAGGCCAGAAAGAAAGAGGCUAAGAAAGCCGCCGCGGCGGCGGUAGCAGCAGCAGCGGCGGAACAGGAGGCGAAGCUGAAAAUGAAGAAACAGGCGAAGAAAACGGCCGUUACUUUGGCCACCGCCUCCAGUUCCACCGCGAGCAGCAACUCCUCCAAGUCGCAGACGCCGCAGAGCACGCGCGAGAGCUCGGUGUGCAGUGUGAAGCCAAAGACUGCACCCAAGAAGCCGGCUGCCAAGCCACCCAAGGUGGUGGAAGUAGUGCCAGCGCCAGAGCCUGAUCCGGAGCCACCAAAGAGGCAGAAGCGGUUCAAGUCGAGGCUGGAUCCAGGCCAGCUGGAUAACAAUCCCUUCAAGACGCUACAUAUGCAAGAUUCGUCGGAGGGCGAGUGGGAAACGGGCAGUGAAUCCGAGGAUGGGGCGGAACUCCCAGCGCCAGUGCCACAGCCUAUCAAACAGCAGCCUAAACUGCCAGCUCCACCAGAGCCCAAGCCAGUUGCUCCUCCAGUGGUCACAAAACCGAAGCCUGCUCCUGCUCCAGUAGCCGCGCCUGCCAAGAAGGUUAAGCAACAGGAGGCGCCGCCAAAGCAGCAGACGUCGCAGCCCGCCAAGGUUCAAGCCCAGGCCAGAGGCAAGGGGACAACUCCCUCCGGUGGCAAGUCCAAUCCCCAACAGCAGCCGCAGCAGUAUCAGCAGGAGAAGGUGCCGCCUGCCAAGAGCCAGUCUCAGCGUCCAGCGGAAUCUGCGAGAAAACAGAAGCAGGCUCCUGGAAAUCCCGAAUCCAAUCGUACUGCUUACAUCCAGCCGCCUCAGCAGACUCACCAGCAGUCGCGGGGUGGCCGGGGAAACGGCCGGACGAAGUCCUCAACUGGUGGUCAACAGCAGCAGCAGGUCCAGCACUCCAACGCUCAUCCAGUCGAGAAUAACGCUCCUUCAAAGAGAUCGCAGCGCGGCAAACGCGGACAUCGCCAGAAGCAGGAGGAUCUCUCCGGCAUUCCACACAACAUGGGCUAUUUCAACCCCAACGAAGUUGCCAUACCUCCCCCGCAGACUGGUAGCUAUGCCAGCACUUUGGCCCAGCAGAUGCAGAAUUUGCGCAUCGGCCAGUCUGGCGGCAGUUCCAGCUCGAAGCAGCCAUCGCAGUCUCCCAACUGCAGCAUCAUGGACCAGUUGAACCGGGGGGUCCAAGUGGAGCACCUCUCGCUGCCGCCAGGUAUCACCCUCACCAAGGUGGAUCCGGCCAAGAGUGAGCAGUUGCGCCAGAAGAGCGAGUCCAUCCGGCUGCUAUCCAAACCCCUUCCCGAGCAGCCGCAGCAGCAUCACUUCCAGCAGCAAUCACAUCUCCUGGCUGGCUACUACGGAGCAGCUGGAGCUGCUGGCAUGGACCCUAACGGGGUAAUAAUGGUGGAGGCCAAUCCGCGACCAAAUCGAAAUAGCCAGGCUCCAACGGCUCCUCCAAAUGUGGCUGCAGCGGCGUCAGCGGCCAGUGCCAGCGGAAAAUCGUCGCGGCGUCGUCGUCGCAAUCGUGGGAAGUCCGGUGGGGGAAGCGGCGGGAAUAAUGGCAGUUCUGGAGCGGCCAACAAGGAGCGAUCGGGUGGAGGAACGGGAUCAGGAGCUGGGAAGAGCCUAAAACCCGCUUCCUUGCCAGCCAGUGCAGCCACCAUAGAAACCAAUGCCAGUGGCAACAUUAUCACCCUGCGGAAUCCCAUGUUCCACCAGGGUAAUGGGCCAGUGGCCGGCGGUGGCAUGAUGCCACCGAACCCCAAUCCAAUGCCGCCAGUGCGAAACUUUGGUGCUGGUCUCCCAGUUGCUCCACCAAUGGCCGGGGAUCAGCCUGCUGCAAUCAUUAAAAACGAGAAUGGCAUGUUCACCAUUCGCAACCCGGCGCUUCACCAAGCCGUGACCAAUGGCCUGGCCAUGGGCGGCUACCGGCAGUUUGGCAGCAAUGUCAACUACUAUACGCCCCAGGAAGCAGUGGCUGAGGCGGCACGGGCCACGCAGCAGAAGCAACAGCAGCAACAGGCUAAUGCAAUCACUGUUGGCCAAGUCGGCAGCAGCAACACCUCCAAUUUUUCCUACUUCUCCAGUGGGUCGGCCAGCGGCAACAGCAGUGGAAGCAGCAACGGCGGCAACGGGACGCACAACAAUAUCAGUAUUAGCUGUACCAACGUUCCCCCAAGCAGCACCGGAAGUGGAGGCAACAGUCCUGGCAGAUUGGUCGGCGAUGCUGCGGUGAUUGCCCGUCCCAAGCAAUCACAGAAGUGUCUUUCUGCCAUUGGUAGCGAGCUUAAACAAAAAGCCAAGGACCACAAGUGGCCAAACUUUGGACAGCAGCAGCCGACGUCGGAGUACAAUUCUGGGCCGGGGGCCGGAGGAGGCGUUCCUCUGCAAGAGAAGUACCAGCAGUCGAGCUACUACAACGGCUUCGAGGUGUUCUCAGCGGCAGCUGCUGCCGCUUCCCAGGCUCCUGGCAGCGGCGGCGGAUCGAGCGAAUGCCACAUGCACCACAACUGUGGUGACGACUCUCCUCCGCCCACCAUCACCGGUUUCAAUUCCUACUUGGAGGGCAUCCCCAACACCGGGGUCAUUCGCUACGACGAUGCCGCCUUCCUCAAGAACUUGAUACCGGGACAGCAUCUCAACAACGAGGUCUCCAUACACAAUAUUUCGGAGUCCAACUUCACGCGCAACAACGCGUCGCCGUCGCCGCACCACGUCGAGAUCACCAGCGUAUUCGGCAACCGUGUGCGAUCCUCGAACACCUAUGAUCCACAGCAGCAGACCCAGCCUGGCGUCGGCCCAGGUGCCAACUACUGCGACAACGUGGCCGCCGACUACGGCACUGAUUCCCACCUCUUUGUGCAGAACAAUCUGCUGACGCGAAUGCCGCAACCGCCGGCACCUCCGGAUCCCUUUGGCUACGACUUCGAUCAAUCGGUGGUGCCGGUCGGAGGAUCGAAGGCGGCCAGCGUGGCCAGCGACCUGAACGAAUUCCUGCGCCGCAGCCCGCUCAGCCAGCGAACCUCGCCGUACAGUCCGGACGAGAGUGCCGCCGCCCUGGAGACGUUCGUCCAGAACAUGAGUGCGCUGCAAAUCGCGAGCGACGCCGAGCAGUGCUCGCGGCUCAAUGGGACAGGAACUGGCGGAGGACCCAACGAUGCUCCAACGGCGGAUGCCACCGCCGGAGGAGCCGCCAAUGCGGCCGCUGCCUGGUGGUGAACCACAUGACAAGAGGUGCUGCAUGGCCAGCAGAUUGAUUAUAAUUCCUCACUUUCAUCCCGCUCUCACAUACGCAGACAUUUCAUCGAUAGGGCUGAAAACGAUAAAUGAAAACCAGAAAAAAAUGAAACAUAAAAAUACAAAAAACAGAAAGCGCAUCCAAGAAAUCAUUUAAAAUGGCUUAGGAGUCAAUUUCAAUGUUUCAACAAAAAAGAGAAAAAUAAAGAAAAAAUUAACUUAAAUGGAA